GCAGCAUAUAUUCACCUUCCAUCUAUAGAUUAUUGUACAAUUAUUAGCAUAUAUAUUUCAGCUUGAUCUUUGGAAUCAUUAGCAGAUAUUCAGCAAUUGUUAGCUGAGAUGUAGGAUCGUGUUUUCCUUCCUCAUGUAAUAUAUACUACUGUAAAUGGAGAAUGAAAUGGACAGAGUAGAACAAUUCUCUUCUUCUUACAUGGUAUCAGAGCAGGUUCUCUGCAUAUUUCUAUAAGCAUAUUUCUUCAACGUUUUUUUCUGCAGCUAUGUCAAAUACCACAUCCCAGGCAGCCUCCUCUUUCAUAUCACCAUCCAUUCAAGACAUAUCCUCACCAUAUUUCCUUCAUUCCGCUGAUCAUCCUGGUGCCAUUCUGGUCUCCACUCUCCUUAAUGGUGACAAUUAUCCUACCUGGAAAAGGGCAAUGAAAAUGGCCUUGAAUGCCAAGAACAAAUUGGUUUUUGUCAACGGUUCUCUCUCCAAGCCAACAUCUUCUGUUGCAAAAACUCAACUGUGGGAACGUUGCAGUGACAUGGUCUUGUCAUGGAUUCUCAAUUCUAUUGAUAAAUCCAUUGUUAGCAGUUUAAUCUAUCAUGCUUGCCCCCGUGAUGUCUGGCUCGAUCUUGAGGAUCGGUUUUCUCAAAGCAACAAUCCAAGGAUCUUCAAACUGAAACGAGACAUUGCUACUCUCACUCAAGGCUCCAUGACAAUCUCUGCAUACUUUACAACACUCAAAAGUCAUUGGGAUGAGCUAGCCAUGCUCACUCCCACACCACAAUGCACUUGUGGCAUCUUAACAGAAUUGAAUCACAUGCAAGAUACUGAACGUGUUUUUCAGUUUUUAAUGGGGUUGCAUGACUCAUAUGCUUCGAUUCGUAGCCAAGUUUUGGCUAUGGAUCCAUUACCUCCUGUUAACAAGGUAUAUUCAACCUUGCAUCAAGAAGAGAAACAACGCCUUCUUCAUAUUCCCAGUUUUCCAACUGAGUCUGUUGCUACGAUGGCUCCUCGUCAUCUUUCUCAUCGUUUUGACAGUAAAGGACGAGGGCGUGGGCGUCCAAAAUGUGACUAUUGUGACCGUGAUGGUCACUGGAGAACACACUGUUAUAAGCUCAAUGGAUAUCCCAGCAACAGACCUCAACCUCGUGGAACAUUUGAUAGAACAUCUGGUUCGUCAAAGGCAGCAAAUAAUGUCAUUGGUUCUUCCACUCCAGCUGGUUCCUCAAAAACUGAAAAUGUUGUUACUGGUUCUUCAACUUCUACUGAGAUAGCUAUCCCUGGUCUCACAAGUGAUCAAUACAAUCGGCUCUUGGAAUUUUUAUCACCCGUGAACACCAACUCUGCCAAUUUUGCUGGACCUAUCAACGAGGAAGCUGAUUGGAACGAGUGAAGUACGGGAUGGACUUUACCACUACAAACCUUUAUCUGCCUCUGUUUUUCAUUCUCAACGCAUUCCUGACUCUACUCUUUGGCAUCAACGACUCGGUCACCCUUCUACUUCAAGUAUUCCAACAACUUUAAAUUUUCCAAAAUCACAUUUGCCUUGUGAUGUUUGUGCUAGAGCAAAACACACUCGCUUUAUG